GAAGAACAAAAGCGUAAGAAGAAGCAUUUCCGGUGCGGCCUGCUGUUCUCCCGGUGUUUAGCAGCUUUUCUGAGCUUAUAGAUGUCCUCUGGACUCCUGCAGCCUCCUGGAGAAGGAGGAGAGGAGCAGCAGCAGCAGCAGCUGUGUGUCCUCCUGCUGGGGAAGGAGCAGAAGCAGGAGGAGGAGGUGGUGAGGAGGAAGGAGGUGGGCUGCCAAUGGGAGAGUCCAGAGGAGGAGGAGAGAAGGGAGGUGGGAUGUCAGAGCGACUCAGCAGAGACGAGGGACGCUGGCGUCCAGGUGGACCUGUUGACUCAGCAGAUCGGCUGGACACAUCCAGCCUCGCCUGCCAUGCUGCUCCAGUGCUUUGCAGUCAGAGCGGAUGGACCAGGUGGGGGCGCCCUGCUGCAGCACUGCACCACCACCACCACCACCAUCCAGACCAGGAGCAGGACCGGGACCAGAACUAGAACCAAGAGUGUCCAGGCCUCCGCCAACGCCUCCAGGGAACAGACAAAGUCCAGGACCCAGAGGAGACGCCAAAGAUCCAAACAGAGCAGCCAGCACCGCCCCAAGCUCCUGCCCAAGACUUCCAAUAUGGAGGAGGACCAGGAGCAGGAGGAGGAGGAGGAGGAGGAGGCGGUAACAGUGGAAGAGGACACAGGUGAUCCUACGUGGACUCCACCUGCAGAUGCCGUGAAGCAGGACUCAGACUCCCAGAAUGCCCCUGUGGGUGGGACGGAGCUGGAGUGCACCAUGUGCGACGUCUGUGGCAAAGUCAUGAAGAACAGGACGAGCCUGGCGCGCCACUCGUUCAUCCACACGGGGAAGAAGCCGUUCUCCUGCCACCUGUGCGACAUGCGCUUCAACCGCCGCGACAACCUGCAGCACCACCUGAGCCGGCUGCACCCGCUGGGCGUGGCCAAGCUGGAGAAGAGGCGGCGGCUUCAGGCCUGGCUCUGCUCCGUCUGCGGCAAAACCUUCAACUGCCGGUCCCGGCUAAAAACUCACGAGAUGAUCCACACGGGCGUCAAGCCGCACCGCUGCGACCUCUGCCCCAAAGCCUACAUGAGGUCCAACGACCUGGAGCACCACAAAAAGACUGUCCACGCCGAAGGCGCCCACAGGCCUCAGCCGCCCAGCUCGCUGCUCUGCCACUUCUGCGGCAAAGAGUUCAAGGGUCGCUCGCAGCUCGCCGUCCACUUCCAGAGUCACACCGGAGAGCGGCCGCACCUCUGCGACAUCUGCGGACGCAAGUUCAGCCGCCCGUAUCAGCUGAGGCGCCACAAGAUCCUGGUCCACGCCAACCGAGGGGGGGGCAGCAGCAGCGAGGACGACGCGGCGGCCGUGGAUGCUCCGUUCAGCUGCACCGUCUGCGGGAAGCGGCUGAAGUCGGAGGCGCUCCUCGCCGCUCACGCCCGCAUCCACACGGACGACAAACCUCACCGCUGUGGCGUCUGCAUGCGCAGCUUCCAGACCACAAGCUGCCUCAAGCAGCACCACAUCCGAGUUCACCUGAAGGUCAAGACCGGCGCCGGCGCCGGCGCCGCCGCCGCUGCUGCUGCUGCUGCGGCCACCGCCGAGCAGCAGAAGGCCGGCGCCACCACGGCCAAAACUUUCCCCUGCUCCAGCUGCAGCAAGGUCUUCAGGUAUCGGUCUCUGCUGGCGGCCCACACCCUCAUCCACAACGACGCGCGCCCGUUCCCGUGCGACUUCUGCAGCCGACGCUUCCGGCGCGUCAGCCACCUGAAGAGACACCGCCGCGUCGUCCAUGACGACGGAGCGCGCCCGCCGCAGAGCUUCGUCUGCCACAUCUGUGGCAAAGACAAGAAGUGCCGCUCGCUGCUCGCCAGGCACGCCAUCAUCCACACGAGCGAGCGGCCGUUCGCCUGCGACCUCUGCACCGCGCGCUUCAACCGCUACAGCAACCUGCAGCAGCACCAGAAGCGCAUGCACGGGAUCGUCACGAAGCUCGUGGGCCACAACGACACGGCGGCGCCUCAGACGUACAAGCAGGAAGAGGAGGUGGAGACUAUUCAGCAACUGGACGGAACGUGACGGGAGGAGUGAACUGAGCAUGCUCACAACCGAACUAAUGAACGAACGAAUGAAUGAAUGAAUGAAUGAACUGGUCGUCACAGGAAAUACACACUCAAUAACAGGCCAGAGCAGCUGAUUGGUUGAAGAGCAGGAAGUGUUUUUAUUCACAAACGAAUCACACAGACAGACAGCUGACUUAUCCAUCACGCGUUUCCAUGGUGACAGAUUUUUGACACAUUAAAUUAAACAUUAAUCAGAUUCCUGAGUCCACCUGUCUGCUAACACCUCUUCUGCUGCUUUGCAUUGUGGGACAUGUUGAAUUAAAGAUGCGAUUCAUGCUGC